AUGAUUAAUAAUAUCUCAGAAUUCUUAAGAAGAGUCGAUUAAUUCGGAGCAAGUUACAAACCGAGCUACGGUUAUGGGGAAGUGCAAUUCAAGACCUCUCUCGGAGGACUGCUCUCAAUUUUAUUAUACGGUGUCAGUUUGGCAUAUUUGCUUUAUGAAUUGAUUUUGUGGAGAUCAGGAUAACUCUUGCCAAAAGUGACAUCCAUAGCAACUGAAAUAGAAACUUAUGCCUUAAACUUUGAUCAAGUAGUUAUUGCUGAAUUCUGUCUGAGAAGACAUAAGAGUAUUCUUGAUUAAAUAGAUCCUUUCGAACCCGAAAACAUGGUAUUGCUUCCAAUGCUAUAUAAAGUUGUGGAGGAUGAACUCUAAACCCCGACGCCUCUCCUAUCUAAAAAACUGUCCCCUAAACAUAAUAUGAUUCUGAUUGAAAUCUAGAACAUAGAACUUGUUAAUAAUGAGCAUGAAGAACUUGAUCAAAAAAACAUUGAAUAUACAAUUAUGUUUGAAGAAUGCGAUCAAACUGUUCUACCAGAAGGCUGGAGUUGUGCUACUGAGGAGAGGGUUAAAGAGUUCUUCAGUUAAAAAUAAAACUAGCUCUACAUUAAGACAUUUGUCAAUUAAUAUAAUACCUCCACUAAAUUGUUGGAUUUAAUUGAGUAGGAUUACUACGCUUCUUUCGACAAUAAAACUACUUAUUUUACGUAAAUGUCGUUAGAGACAUCUAAUGUUUCAGUUGAUACGGGAUUCUUAUUCGAAAGUAUCCAACGACAUGAAUUUCCAAGUCACAUAAUGUCAUAUACCCAAUAAAUGGACUUAGACUACUUUACCCACACUUUUGGUAAGGAUGUGUUCAUUGUAUUCGAACUCGAGCUUGGAACACUACAACAAACAACAUUCAUCGAGUAUCCAAAAGUGUCAGAAGUCUUGGCGAACAUUGGAUCUAUAAUCUCCUUCUUUCUAUUCUUUUCGCAAGUGGCUUAUCUGAUAAAUGAAAAGUCACUUGAAGAUAAAAUAAUUAGAUCCGUUAUAGAAAUGUAUUAUCCUCAAUUUAAGAAUAUUAAGUUCAUAUAAAAUUGGUACACGAAAGUAGUUGGGGUGAAAUAUUAGGAUAAGUCGGUUCCAUUCAAGAAGUUCAUGCAAAAGUAUAAAGACUUAUAAGACAUCGCCAGAUAGAAACUGUGUCUGACUAAUUUUCUAUAUGAAAUCUCCAGAUUGUAGUUUAUUAUACGUUCGAAUUAUGACUCUGAAAUUUUGAGCCAAAGUCACAACAUAGGGAUCAAACUAAACAUACUGGAAUCAUCCCCUGAUCCUGAGGAGAAAUCAGAAAUCCAAUAAAUUAAUAAAGUUCACGAUUUUCACAUAGAAAACGUAGAUGACUAAUCCCUUGAAGAAAUAAGAGUACAUCCUAAUAACAAUGUAAAUUCAAUUAAAAUUCUUUAGAACCCCCAAGUCACUUUGGAUGUCAAUGCACAAAGUGUUCUGAAUAUUGAAUAGCUUUAAAAACCUUAAAGUUUAUUCAUCAGCAAAUCAAAUCUGUAAUUUUCAAACACUUAAAAUAAUGAACAAUUAAAAUUAAACGACGAAGACUUUUACAUCUUAAUGUAAAAUCAAUAAGAAAUAAAAUUUGAAAACUCAAAAUAGUAAUCCACUAUUUAUCUGAAUAAAAUAUAAGAUGGAAAAUGA